AUGACUUUUAUUGGUGUGUUUGAUUUUAUGAUUUUGGUUUCAAAAAAAAUUUUGGUACUUGUUUUUAAUUUAUUUUAGAAUAAGCGAAUGGAUAUGAUGGUAAAAAAUGCUCAGCAAUAUUUGAUAUAUAGACUUUUGGAGUUUGAUUGCUGA